UUCUUAUUCCGCUUUGUUUUGCGGAGGUGAGAGGACGAUUAAUAACAUUCGUAACUUUUUGUUUCUCAAUGUUUUUUUGUUUAUGAAUGUUUUGUGAGUGGACGAAUAUAAAUUAAUCCAUUAGAAGUGUUUUUUAUGAAACUAAAUAAGUGUACGUGAUAAUAAAAACUGGAAAGCUUUGAGUAAUAGUUCAAACGUUUCGAUGUCAAUAAACUUGUCGUUGAUAUUUUAUGGGAAAGGUGUGCCGCGUCGCUAAAUACCUGUUUGCGGCAGGGUGCACGAGUUCGGGAGGCGGUUGGCGCUUAGCUGCCAUGUUAUAGAUGCGAGAUAACAAAAUGACGACUUGGCCGAGACCAACACCAAACGUAUCGCCUAUUUCCACAUCAUGGAAAUGUCCCAUCUUCCACUGGGCUUCCACGACAAGACUGAACGAUGCCUUCACACCUAACGGGAGAUGAUCAAUUAAAUAUUUUUCUACGUAUUUAUGGACUUAAGUGAGGUGCUUUAGUAUUGUGAAAUUUUGUAAUGUUGAAACAAUGAACGCGAUGACUAGUGAAGGAGAAGCAGUGAAAGUGGAAGGCGGACAUAUUUCUGUGACCACUAUCAGUAUGCCUGGACCUGAUACGACUAGCGGCCAGUUCUCAUACAGUUCGAGCGGUGUGCGCAUCAGCGUCUCUUCAGUGCCUCACGAUGAAGACUCGACCGACGCCGAGAUCUCUAAAAUUGACUUUACACAACGUCAGUACGAGGUGAACAUGAGAAAUAAAAAGAAGCGAUCCUCCAUGAGUGGCGAGGAACAGGAGAGGCCGAUGUCGUGGGAGGGGGAGCUGUCCGACCACGAGAUGGUCAUAGACACGAGUGUCAACAACGAUGAAAACAGCAAUUCUAUCGAUCUGCAGUCGUCUCGGGACUCCUUGGAUACGCUUCGGAACGUCACAAUAAAGUCUGAGAAUGUGAAGACGGAGCCGUUCCACAGCAUCGACGACGAGAGGGUUCUGGAUUUGAAGUAUGCCCCUCUGCAGCCUCAUCAGAGGAGUCUCAGUAUGAAUAGAAUAUCAGUACUGACAGACAACAGCCUUUCACUAGCUCGUCGCCCGUCAUCGCCCACGAGUAGCGCUAAAUCCCUGGCCUUGUCCGACCACUACGAACAGAUCCCGAUGCAGAACUCCAUCACUGAAGUGCAGAACUUGACCAUCAAGAAGGAGACGCUGCUAUCGGAAUUAAAAUGCGAGUCCCUCGGCAUGGAGAAGCCGUUGGGAGCUCACGGAUCACCGCUCAUGGGCAGGCUUCCGCGGGUGCAGUCCAGCGCCAGUACCGACUCGGCGGUUCAUUCUAUGUACACACACAGCGUCUACAGCAGCCCCUCGGCCAGCCCCCGCCCCUCGCGGCACUACACGCCCUCUCUCUCGCGGAACAACAGCGACGCUUCGCACUCCUCCUGCUACUCCUACAGCUCGGAGUUCUCGCCCACGCAUUCGCCAGUGCAGAGUCGCCACCCUCACCUUCUAUAUCGCGAAACUGCCGUGUACCCGGCGUCACCCGCCCACGACGACGACUCGGAGCAGACGGACGACAGACUCCAUCAUCAUCAGGGGAUCAGCAGGCAGCAGCUUAUAAAUAGCCCCUGCCCCAUAUGCGGGGACAAGAUCAGCGGCUUCCACUACGGCAUAUUCUCGUGCGAGUCUUGCAAGGGCUUCUUCAAGCGCACCGUGCAGAACCGCAAGAACUACAUGUGCCUCCGAGGGGGCAACUGCCCCGUGACCGUGGCCACGAGGAAGAAGUGCCCGGCCUGCCGCUUCGACAAGUGCCUCGGAUGCGGGAUGAAGCUGGAAGCGAUCCGAGAAGACCGCACCAGAGGCGGACGUUCCACGUACCAGUGUUCGUACUCUUUGUCCGGCGCCUCGUCCACCGGCUCGCUGCUCUCUGCGCACGCGCCGACCACCAUGCGCCACGCCUCCAGCCUUAGCUCGGUUUCGAACCCAGGGUCGUACAGCAGUCGAGGUGAAUCCAGCAACAGCCGACUCACGCCUGACAUUCCGCCAUUAUUGCAAGAAAUAAUGGACGUGGAGCAUCUCUGGCAAUACAACGAGUCGGAGCUGAACAGACUCGGCAAGUCGACGGGCAGUCCCUCGGCGAACCCCCUUCUGGCCGCGAGCGGCAUCACGGCUCAGAACUCCAGCGCAGACUUCCUCGCAGAUCUGUGCAACAUCGCCGACCACCGGCUGUACAAGAUCGUCAAAUGGUGCAAAAGUCUGCCGCUCUUCAAAAACAUCUCGAUCGACGACCAGAUCUGCCUCCUCAUAAACAGCUGGUGCGAGCUGCUGGUGCUAUCGUGCUGCUACCGCGGGGUGAGCACUCCCGGCGAAGUGCGCGUGGGAGGCGGAAGGGGCAUCACCCUGCAGCAGAGCGCCAAGUCAGUGAACACGUUCGGUCUGACUCCAUGCAUAGAGCGAAUGCUGAGCUUCACGGACCACCUGCGACGGCUCCGGGUGGACAGAUACGAAUAUGUCGCCCUCAAGGUCAUCGUCCUGCUCACUUCAGAUGCGCCCGAGUUGCGUGAAGCGGAGUGCGUACGCGCAUCGCAGGAGAAGGCGCUGGCCGCCCUCCAAGCGUACACGGCCACGCACUCGCCCGACACUCCCGCCAAGUUCGGGGAGCUCCUUCUGCGUAUACCCGAGCUGCAGAGGACGUGUCAGUUUUUCAUGCAAGUCGGCAAGGAAAUGCUGAAUCCGACAAAUAGAAAGGACGGCGAACCCCCGAGCUUCAAUCUCUUAAUGGAGCUUCUCAGAGGUGAUCAUUGACCGGGACCACUCCAGAACAUUCUAUGGGAGCUUCGAGAAGACUUAUUCCUAGGAAUUUUGCUCAAGUAAGAAUAAGUAUCGUAAUGAAUGCUUAAACGCACAGAGCGAGAAGACCGUAUCGUUAUUCUAGCCUUAAACAUGAGACUGCAACCUUACUUCGGUGCCAAUUUAUGUUUAUCGUGAUAAAAGCCUCUUUUUAAGUUUUUCACCUUCGAUUUACGAUUCUUCAUGUCGUAGUGUCUGUGUUAAUGGAAUACGCUUCUUUAAAUUAAAACUGUCAGAGCGCUGAUAGUAAUUUUUUUCAACGAAGUAUUAUUUAAAUCAUAUAAUAAACAUCGAAACCCAUUUUGAAUUAAACUAAUAAAGAGUUCAAUAUACCUUAACCGUUGCAGGCCUGACAAUUUCAAUUGUUUACAAAAAAUAUCCCUCGCUUUUAACACCUUUUAAAUUCUGGAAUGUAAUGUGUAAUUAAAAAAUGGACGUUUAAGGUUAUAUUUGCUCACCAUAUCGAAAAAAGAUGCAUUUAUUUUUUAUCUGCGCUCUUCACAUAAUACUCUAUUAUCUAUAGUAACUAUUUUGUAUCUGUAUUACUGUAAAGUACACUGCCAAACGCUUUUAUACGAAAUGAAUAGUAUUAAGGCGACGGGAUCAAAUAUUUUGUAAGCUUCUACUGAUUUACUAUCGCCGUACAGUUUGUAUCACGACUUAUCCUGUAAAAGACGGCUUGCAAUAUAUGUAUGUGUAAUAUAUUUUGUAAUUAAAUAUUUUAUAUAGUAGGCGUAUGGCGCAAAAUAAAUGUAUGCUAUAAAUAUACUCUAUAGCGUGUCUGUAUUUAGAUCAUUACUAGCCUUGUUAUGGCCUUUUAUGAAUAAUGUAUUGAUGUAUACUUCGCUUCUCACUAACUAAAUUUACGAUCUUGCCAUUGCUCUCUGGUGCGUUUUGUGUAUUGAAUUAUAAUAAUUAUUGAUCAUAUAAAGACACAAUGACACUGAAUAGUUAAUAUCAAAUUUGGCAACAAGUGAGUGACAGCUAUUAGUUAUAGUCUAUAGUGUUUGAUUAAAAAUGGCGCCAAAACCACUCUGUAUUGCCAUUGUUAAUUACUUAAAAGUUAUUGUUAAUAAAUUAGUGGUAAGUUUCGAAGGUUUAACCUUCAAUCUUUGUUGUAUUAUUUGUAAUAUUAUAGUUAUAUUUACAUUGUUCUGCAACGAUAAUUCCAUAAAUAUUCCACGACAGAUUAUAGUAAAUUAUUUUAGAUUAUUAUUAUUUUUCUGUGCAAUAGAUAUUUAUCUCUGGAACGGGACUAUAGAUCCGGCAACAUUUAGCAAGCGGUUGAUAUAAUAAUAUAUUUGACGUAUUGUUAAAUUACUUUGGAUUUAUUUUUGUAAUAACAAUACAAAUAAUAUUUAACAGUGGUCGAUUAGUUUUAUCAUAUCGCUAUUGAUAAUCAGAAUUAUGACGCAGCUGCGGCUGCAAAGCUAUUGACAGAUAUAAAGUUGUUUAGUUAAAUGAAAAUAAUCAACCAGUGCACACUGCCAAUUUAAAUAAGCGAAGCUUGCUUUGAGCAGAGCGUACGUCUUGAUGGUAAUUUCUUGUAUAUUUUUUGCAUAUACUAAGCCUAAAGUAGAAGUAGUAAUAAUGUAGAUUAUUUUUGUAGCAUGACCCCCUUAGAUUAUAUCAGAUUUUUAUCCAGCAAUACAGUGUUUUUAAUAUUUAUUUUUAUAUUGUUACUUCUGAAUUAUAUGUAAGAAAGUAGUUCGAGCAAUGUUGUCCUUCAUACGAAACGAUUGUCUCUCGCAUAGUGAAAGCUAGGAACCGUAUUCCAAACGGUGAAUCGAAAUUUAAUAUUUUUUUAAAUAAACCACAUCUUAAAAUACGAGUUGGAAUGAUUUAGUAUAAGUUAAAGGCACAAGUACUUUUUAUUUAUGUAAAUGAGCUCAUUUAGGUUAAGUUUAAAUGUGCCACGACGAAGUUAUUUACUUUGAGAUUGUUUUCGCAUUGAAGCCAACAGAUGUCGCUAAUGUAAAGUGGAGACUUGGGGCGACACUUUCUGCAAUUCAUCACGCGACCUCAGCUAAAAAUAUACAUAUGUCUCUAAAGUUGGAAUUGUAUAACUUUCUAGUAUUUCUAGUGUACAAGAAUUGCAGAGUGGUAUUGUCCGUCUCAUUUGUAAUUUUCAUUGUAAUAUUGAACUGAUAUUCUAAGUAGCCGUAUUUUUUAAAGUGUGAAAGAGAUGGCGUUGUGUGACAGAAUCCGUAUAAUUUUUAUAUUAAAAAUUAGAAGGAAUGUGAGUCUGGUAUAGCGUCCAAUAAUUGUAAUUACAUUUGUUAUAUUCUAGAAGUAUUAAAUUGAUAUUCUUUAUUUUCUAGAGCUAUGGAAAUAUUUUUAUAUAUCAAAAAAAUAAUA